AACGAAACAGCAAAUUUUUGGGAAAUACAAAAAAUAAAAAAAUCAAAAUCAAAAGGCAAAUACAUAUAUGCAAAAACAAGGAUUAUACGCCCGUUUACGUUUCAUGGUCAUAUUUUAGUACGUGUCAGCCUCUCUCUCUCUCUUUUUUACUGACUCAGUCUCUCAUCCUCUUUCCCUCGUCAAAACCCUCUUUUCCUCUUUCUUUCACCUAUCCUUUUCCCCUCCAUCACUCACUCUCACACUCUCAAAAAACACUCCCACAGCUCUCUCUCUCUCUCUCUUUUUCUCCUUCGUCAAUGGGACUUUAGGAAUGAACAACGAAACCCACACCCACCCACUUGGCAUCUGAUUACCAUAUCCCACACCACAUUCAACCAAACUAGCUAACUAGCUUUAGCAUUCUAUUUCAUAUUCAUAUGGGGCCGUACGACUCCGCUAUCUCCGCCGGGAGUAGCAGCGGCAGCUCAUCAUCUUCCACGUCAAAACCCCACGAGAUCGAUGGCCUCCUCGCCGGCGCCGGCUAUAAGGUUCGCUCCUCCGACCUACGACAAGUCGCUCAGCGCCUCGAACGCCUCGAAACCGUCAUGGUCAACUCCCCAUCUGAUGUCUCUCAGCUCGCUUCCGACACCGUUCACUACAAUCCCUCCGACAUGGCCUCCUGGGUUGACUCGCUGCUCUCCGAGUUGAACAACCCUCAUGCUCUACCACUGCCCUCUGAUCUCCCCGACUUCCCCGAUCUCAUCGCCAGCCCCGUUCUCAAUCAGACGACCAUGCAAAACGACGACGCUUGGGCCGACCCAAACAUUAUUCCUCCCCAUCAGUUAAAAGUCGUCACGGCCAUGGAAGAAGAUUCCGGGAUAAAGCUCGUCCACAUGCUGCUCACGUGUGCCGAAUCCAUCCAGCGUGGCGAGCUCGCAUUGGCCGGUUCUUUAAUCGAAAAUAUGCAGGCUCUUCUGACACGCGUCAACACCGUUUGCGGCAUCGGGAAAGUCGCCGGGUAUUUCAUCGAUGCGCUCAAUCGCCGGGUUUUCGCUCCGCGGGGUUUUGCUAAUAAUUCAACCUACGGCUCGGCUUAUGAGAACGAGGUUUUGUACCAUCAUUUUUACGAGGCUAGCCCCUAUUUGAAAUUUGCCCACUUCACCGCCAACCAGGCCAUAUUGGAAGCUUUCGACGGUCACGAUUGCGUCCACGUCAUCGACUUCAACCUUAUGCACGGCUUGCAGUGGCCGCCUCUCAUUCAAGCUCUUGCUUUACGUCCUGGUGGGCCUCCUCUGUUACGAUUAACGGGCAUUGGCCCACCAUCACCCGAUGGCCAUGACUCGCUCCGUGAAAUUGGGCUUCGACUCGCCGAGUUAGCCCAGUCCGUUAACGUCCGGUUCGCUUUUCGUGGCGUUGCAGCUUCUAGGCUAGAGGACGUGAAGCCGUGGAUGCUCGAAGUCAGCCCCAAAGAGGCGGUUGCCGUGAACUCAAUCAUGCAGCUCCACCGGCUUCUCGGAGCCAACAACACUCGCAAUUUGCCCAUCGAAAUGGUCCUCGGGUGGAUCCGGAACUUGAACCCGAAGAUUAUGACGGUUGUGGAACAAGAAGCGGACCAUAAUCAAGUCGGAUUCUUGGAUCGGUUUACGGAAGCACUGUAUUACUACUCGACCAUGUUCGAUUCGCUAGAGGCUUGCGCGCUGCAGCCGUCGAAGGCCUUAGCCGAGAUAUACAUACAGAGAGAGAUAUGCAACGUCGUGUGCUGCGAAGGUUCGGCUCGGGUGGAGAGGCACGAGCCGUUAGCCAAGUGGAGGAGUCGGCUUGUACAAGCCGGGUUCAGGCCUUUGCACCUGGGGUCUAAUGCGUUCAAACAAGCGAGCAUGCUUUUAACACUUUUCUCAUCUGAAGGCUAUUGUGUGGAGGAGAACGAAGGUUGUUUGACUCUGGGAUGGCACAGCCGGCCUCUCAUCGCGGCUUCAGCUUGGCAAGCGGCGGCUGAUGUAAGCAAUCCACUUGGGAUUGUAAAUCAUAAUAAUGGUCAAGUGUUGUAAAUUUUUUCCAUGGUUUUUACUAUUUUUCAUUUUAUAAUUUUCUACCUUGCUUUUGAAAAAAGAAAGAAUGAAUGUCUCUUCUAUUC